AUGCAAAAAACUUGCACGUUGAAUCAACGAACCAUAUUUGUUACAACGAUCGGUAUCAAAGGCAAUCAGCCAGUGCAAGCAGGACUAGGAAAUGAUGGCAAAAUAAAGGCGGUGGAUAAUGAUUGCAAUGAAAAGCGGUUCAAAUGUGGCGAAUGCGGUAAGCAAUUUUGUCGUGCAGGCAAUCUGAAACGCCAUAAGAUAAUACAUACCGAUGAGAUAUAUUACGUAUGUAAGGUAUCAAACGAAAGCGAACAGCCAAUACGAGCGGGACUAGAAAAUGAUGACAAAAUAGGGAUGGUGAAUAAUGAUUGUAAAGCAAACGAAAAGCGGUUCAAAUGUAGCGAAUGCGGUAAGCAAUUUAGUCAUGCAGGCAAUCUGAAACGCCAUAAG